CAAAUUCUACCCUCCCACGCAAAGGAUUACAGCAUCAACGGGGAAGAAAGCAAAAAAGCAGUUGCGCAAAACUGACUGACUCCUUGGCCCGUUAAGUUCAGCUAAUCACUCACUCAGGACUAACAAGAAACCAUGGCCUCUGGUUAUCCUCCCCAAAAUUACCAGCCGCCACCGCCAAUGGGAUAUGCACCUGCUCCACAAAACUUUAAAAAUGAGGUUCCACCUCCUUAUAGUGUGCCUCCUCCCCAGCCACAGCCUGGUUAUGGCUAUGCUCCUGCUGCCCCUGUUCCUCAACAGCAAUCAAGCAACAAUGUUGUGGUGGUCAAUUCUCAGCCAACUCCUGCUAUAGUUACCACCAUUCGUCCUGUUGGUGAUCAUUUCUUGACUCUGUCUAUAGUCCUCACUAUUGUUUGCUUCAUUUGUGGGGCCUGGCAUGCACUCUUGUGUACUAUUCCAGCCAUCAUUUUCUCUACCAUGGCUCGUGAUGCUGAGGCUCGUGGUGACAUGGACAGUGCUCAGACCAACUCUCGCCUGUCCCUUGGUUGCAAUAUUGGAGGAAUUGUAUCUAAUGUUGCUGGCAUUGUGAUUCUGAUCAUUGUAAUUGCAAUCGAAGUCUCUGCUGCAUCUUCCGCUGCAUCUUCAUAUUAUUCUUAUUGCUAUUAUUAUUAUAGCUAUACCUAUGAUAGCUACCGCUAUUACUGCUACAAAUGAGAGUUGUCUUUUGUGACAUUAAUAUGAAAGACAGCAACUGCAAAAUGUACAAGUUUUCUUCAUAAAUAGUUGUACUGUUCAUUUAGUUAAUUAUAUACAAUGUUGUUUUUCCCAUUUAUUCCUUUGAUGAAAUUUUUUAAAAUUA